AGAACCCUAACGCCCACACCAAGGAAGCAAAAGAGACAGCGGCUGUAACACAAAUUGCAGAAUGAAGGUUGUCGCUGCGUAUUUGUUGGCUCUGUUGGGAGGUAACACCAGCCCAUCUGCUGACGAUUUGAAAAAAAUUCUCGGUUCAGUCGGAGCCGAUGCUGAUGAAGAUAGAAUUGAAUUGCUCUUGUCUGAGGUCAAGGGUAAAGAUAUUACCGAAUUGAUUGCGGCAGGAAGGGAAAAGUUGGCAUCAGUUCCUUCUGGUGGUGGUGGUGUUGCAGUUGCUGCGGCAGCUGGUGGUGGUGGUGCUGCACCUGCUGCAGCAGCUGCUGCUGAGACAAAGAAAGAGGAGAAGGUCGAAGAGAAGGAAGAGUCUGACGAUGAUAUGGGUUUCAGUUUAUUUGACUAAAAAGGGUUAUGAUCAAACUGUCUCUUCUCUUGAAGCAUCAUACUAAGGUUUCAUCUUUUGUUAUGGAUUUUUGGUAUUGUUUUUAGUUUUACUGUGUUGAAUUUUGUGAGACCAUGCAUAGUCUUGGAUGUAAGGUUUAGUUGAAGAUCUGAGAUUUUUAAUCAAAGUGGUUUUGAUUCGAUACA